CGUGACUGCCGCGCGCCAGGCUCCGGGGGCUCCGGGCGGACGCCGCGAGGCGGCUGAGGGCAGUCGGACGCGCCGCGGACGGCGCGCACGGGGGACGGUGCGGGGCCCGAGGCCGGGAGCCUCCUCGCGGCCCUGGGCACCCGGCGGCGGCGGGCGGCGGAGCCGGCGCGGCCAUGGCGACGGCAUCUCAGCAGAAGGAGAGCACGCUGCUCCACCUCUUCGCAGGCGGGUGCGGGGGCACUGUGGGUGCUAUUUUCACUUGUCCACUAGAAGUCAUCAAGACAAGACUGCAGUCUUCAAGAUUGGCUCUCGGGACAGUCUACUAUCCUCAGGUUCAUCUGGGGACCAUUAGUGGAGCUGGAGUGGUGAGACCAGCAUCAGUGACCCCUGGGCUCCUACAGGUGCUGAAGUCUAUCUUGGAGAAGGAGGGACCAAAGUCACUUUUUAGAGGCUUGGGUCCAAAUUUGGUCGGCGUAGCACCAUCAAGGGCUGUGUACUUUGCAUGCUACUCCAAAGCCAAAGAGCAGUUCAGUGGCGUCUUCGUGCCUGAUAGCAACGCUGUGCACGCUUUCUCAGCCGGCUCUGCAGCUUUUGUCACAAAUACUUUAAUGAACCCUAUAUGGAUGGUGAAAACCCGGAUGCAGCUAGAACGGAAAGUGCGAGGCUCCAAGCAGAUGAACACACUCCAGUGUGCGCGCUAUGUUUACCGCACAGAAGGCAUCCGGGGCUUCUACCGGGGACUGACAGCUUCCUAUGCUGGGAUUUCAGAAACCAUCAUCUGUUUUGCUAUUUAUGAGAGUUUGAAGAAGUACCUAAAAGAAGCUCCAUUUGCUGCUUCUACAAAUGGGACUGAGAAAAAUUCCACAAGUUUUUUUGGACUUAUGGCAGCUGCUGCUGUUUCUAAGGGAUGUGCCUCCUGUAUUGCUUAUCCACAUGAAGUCAUACGGACACGGCUCCGGGAGGAAGGCACCAAGUACAAGUCUUUUGUCCAGACAGCUCGACUCAUCUUCCGGGAAGAAGGUUACCUUGCCUUUUAUAGAGGACUCUUUGCCCAGCUCAUCCGACAGAUACCAAAUACUGCUAUUGUGUUGUCAACCUACGAGUUAAUCGUGUACCUGUUUGAAGACCAUACUCAGUAACGGCCCAGAAAGAAAUAAGCUCUAGAAGAAUAAACUGGAAAACUCCAGAGAUUUUUUUUUUUCCCCCACUGAUGUUUAGGAUAUUUGAGACCGAAACAUAAAAGGCCAUAAAACAUGUGGCUUGUAUCGCCUGUUGGACUUUUCCUUUUGGAUUCAUGCUUUCUGGAAGGUUUAAAUUCAUUAACGUUAAUAGUUAAUUAUAACUUUCAUGUGUGUGGUGUUUGUUUUUUUUUUAACUUAAGAGGAUUCAGGAUUAAGCAACAACUAAAUUAAAUCAUGUUAUUUAAUUUAA